GAGCGGAAGCAGCGGAGGAUUGUGGGUAGACUGAGCAGCCUCACACAGAUACUCAGCUCAUGUAAACAACACAGGACGAUGUGAUCUGACACAUUCUUUUAUAUCGAACAGUGGUUUUCCUCGCAAUGGUGCAGCCGGCUGAGAGAGCGUAUUAUCGCUUUGGCGUGCUGUUCUUCAACUGUCUGCUGACGUUUGGCUCCUACUUCUGCUUCGACAUCCCCAGCGUUCUGCAGGAUCAGUUCCAAGGGAACCUGACAUGUCCCAAUGUGACAGUGAUCAAUGGGACAGUGGACUGUGUGGAGGGACUGGGGAUGAACCCUCAGCAGUACAAUCUUCUCUAUGCUAUCUAUGCCUGGACGAAUGCAGUAGUGGUGAUCAUCGCCGGGUUCCUGAUUGACAAAUUAGGAAAUCGCUUCGGCGUGUUUCUCUUCUCUUUCCUGUGUGUCUUGGGCUCGUCACUGUUUGCCCUGGGUUCCCACUUCAAAGGGACGCCCUAUCUGCUGCCACUGAUGCUCACAGGCCGACUGCUGUUUGGAUCAGGCAACGGAUCUCUGACCAUCGUUCAGAACCGCAUCACAGCCUUCUGGUUCAAAGGGAAGGAGCUGGCCUUGGCCUUCGGGCUGACCCUGGCGUUCUCGCGCCUGGGUUCGGUCCUGAACUUCUUCCUCACCCAGAACUUUGAGGAAAAAUACGGCAUGCAGUGGACCCUCUGGGGAGGUACGCUGUUAUGUGUGCUGGGCUUUAUAUCAGCAAUUGUUGUCAGUACGAUGGACAAGGUUGGAAUGAAGCAGCUUGGUCUCGAUGGAGCCAUUCAAGAGCAGUCUCGCAAAGUGAGAAUUCAGGAUGUGAGGCUUCUGUCGCUAAGAUACUGGCUCCUGGUUCUCACCAUCAUGUUCUUCUACAACGGCAUCUUUCCGUUCAUUGCAGAUGCCAGUAAGUUCAUUCAGGAUAAGUACACUGGCUACAGUCAGAAGGAGGCGGCCUAUAUCGCGGGGGCAGUUUAUGACAGCUCACUGGUCCUCUCAGCCAGUGUGGGCAUUCUCAUAGAUUUUGUGGGUCUGCGGGGCAUCUUUGCGGUGGCCUGUGCCGUCCUCACGCUGCCUGUGUUCGGACUCCUGGCCUUCACCUUCGUGCCUCCUCUGGUCUCCACCAUAUGGCUGGGAAUCACCUACUCCUUCGCUGCUUCGAGCAUGUGGCCAUCCAUUCCCCUCGUUGUACCUCAGGCGACCCUGGGAACAGCCAUGGGCCUGGCCACCUCCAUACAGAUGGUCGGGAUAGGGGUGUCCAAUCUGGUUGUCGGACAGAUUUUAGGCUCCAAGUCUAGUGAAACAAAGAUUCCGUUGUGGCGUUGGCAGAGGAUGAUGAUCUUCAUGUUGGCCAACACCAUCAGCUGCAUCGUCACCUCAGUGCUGCUCAACGUUGUCGACCACAGACAGGGCGGGACCCUGAACAAGACGACUAAGAAGUCAGGGCAGGCAGAGAGCGACUCGGACAGAGAGCCACUCACCCAGGGAGAGGAAGAGCCAAACAACGAUGAGGAUGAUGAGGCGGUCAGAUCUAAUUCAAUCAACUCAUGAGUACUUCAUGUUGACACUAAACACCAAGUUGAAACCUUUUUAAAAAAAACUAUAUUUCUGUACUAGUACCAGUUUUAAGACUAGAUUGUGUUCAUUGUAAACCUCACUGAAAACUGAAAACAGAUUUUGUUCUACAUACUGUGGGUUUGGGAACAGUUGAGGGAAUUAAAGGAUAAAAACAAGUCUCUGUCAAACAGUAUAUAAACUCAAGUAGUGUUUGUAUGCUCUUGUAAAUAUGCAGUAUUUUAGUUCUUUAGGUUCUUUAUAAUGCAAUUCUCUUAUCAUUUAUUUUAGGUAGGGAAUUGGUGCCUUUUGAUAUUUUGCAUUUCUUAAAAUCAAAUACUUUUUGUAAUAUUCAUGGCCACGAGUUUGACUUGGCAGGAUUCAGUGUUGGCUCUCAACUCAGAUCUUUUCAGCAAUAAACAAACGAAAGACACCACACGUAUAUAGAAUGGAUAUAUAGGGAUUAACAUGUUAUCACUGGCAUGAAUUACAGGAUUCCUGAAUACUUGAUACCUACACACUAAAUAAACACUAUAAAGACAUACUGGAGUGACCGUAAAUCCAUGAGGCAGCUCACAGGAUGUGGGCUAACUUUAUCAUUUAGCAUGCUUAACUGUUUAUGUGAAUAUUCUCAUCUGCAAUUAUAUGAAAUCAUAUUGCAUAUAUUUGUGUACCUUUUAUUUGUGUGUAUGGUUUUGAAUCAGCUGUUGUUAAUCUCUGAGGGAAAUAUUCUGACUUCAGUUGACUGUGAUAGUACCAGUUGAUCUGCUCAUUCAUGUUUUGUACGGAUACAUCAUCUCCUGAUGACUCUUGUUAAAUAAUGUGGUAAAGUCUGGAAUAAAGUCACAAAGAAAAUGCAAACCUCUA